UCCUAAAUAUCACAACCAUACCAAUGAAAAUACUUGCCAAAGUGAUAGUACUAAUGAUAGAUCACACUUGUAUGAUGUUGACACCAACGACAAAGAUGUUUUUAUAAUAACAAUUGAAUGCCAAUAG